GCGGAGGCGCCAAUCGCGACGAGGGGCGGGGCUUGCGGCGGGGCCGGAGCGGCGCGGCGCGAUGGAGCGGGUCCGGGCGCUGGGCCUGGGGCUGCUGCUGGGGGUCCUCGUUGGGGCGGCGAGCGGGCUCCAUUCCCUGCGCUACUUCUUUCUUGCGGUGUCGGAGCCCAGCCCGGGGGUACCCCAGUUCACGAUCGUGGAAUACAUGGACCAGAACCCCUUUGCACGCUACGACAGCGAGAUGGGGCACGUGGAGCCCAAGGCGCACUGGAUGGCGGCCAACAUGGAUGAGCCGUUCUGGGAGAGCCGGACCAAGACCGCCCAGCGCUAUGAGCAGAUGGACUAUAUGAACCUGGGCAGAAUGCUGCGCCGCUACAACCAGAGCGGGGGGACUCACACGUUGCAGCGCAUGGCCGGCUGUGACCUCCUGGAGGACGGUAGCACCAGGGGGUUUUAUCAGAUGGCGUACGACGGGAGGGACUUCAUUGCCUUCGACAUGAACACAAUGACGUUCACUGCGGCUGAUGUCGUGGCACAAAUCACCAAGAGGAGGUGGGAGGAGGACGGGACUUUCGCUGAAGAGCACAAGCACUACCUAGAGAACGACUGCAUCAAGGCGCUGAGGAAGUACGUGAGCUACGGCCGGGCCGUGCUGGAGAGGAAAGAGCCCCCCACGGUCCGAGUGUCGGGGAAGGAGGCCCAGGGGAUCCUGACCCUGCACUGCCGCGCUUACGGCUUCUACCCGCGGCCCAUCACCGUCAGCUGGCUGAAGGACGGCGAGGUCAGGGACGCGGAGACCGAGUGGGGCAGCGUCGCGCCCAACAGCGACGGCACCUACUACACCUGGGCCUCUAUUGAGGCCCGCCCGGAGGACAAGGACAAGUACCGGUGCCGCGUGGAACACGCCAGCCUGCUGGAGCCCGGCCUCUUUGCGUGGGAGCCGGAGUCCAACCUGCUCACCAUCGUGCUGGCGGUGGCUCUUGCCAUCGGGGCUGUCGCCGCCGUCAUCGCUGGAUUCAUCAUCUGGAAGUGGAAAUCAGAGAAGAAUAAGAAGGGCUACGACAAGGCGCCAAGCACGGACGGGGGCUCUGGCAGCGCGGCCUCAGGGAUGCCCAUCUAACUGCUUGACGAGGGGCUGGCACAUGGCUGGAUGCGGCCCCCUGCCCGCUCCCGGGCUGGGCGCAGAGGGGUGCUGGAGGAGGCUGGGAGCUGCCUGCAGAGACCUUGUUGUGUUGCUCCUGCCCACCCCUAGUACAGUGGUGGCUCUUUUGGCUGGUUGAACUUCCAGAUUUUCUCUUUAUUUUUGGCUGUUCUCUAUUCUCUUGCAAGCUGUUUCUCCUCUCCCAGUGGCAGGUCUGUUCUCGCAGCCUCGGGUCGAGGGCUGCGCUGGUUUUGGCUGGGGUAGGGUUGGUUUUCUCCAUAGCAGCCCAGCACGGUGCGGUGCGUAGGGUCUGUGACCGACCAGCAUUGGUAACGCAGCCACGGAGCUGAACAGCGUCGGCACAGCGUCAAGGCCACCUCUGUUUUCACUCUGUCUCCCUGGUGAACAGAUGGGGGGUUGAGCAAGAGGUUGAGAGUGGACACCAUCAUGCAGAUGACCCAAACUAAUGCGAGAGAUUCCAGGUCGUAUCAUGUUGUACUUGAGGAUACAAAUGGAAGAGAGAGGGUUGAGGGGGACUGGCCAGCUUUUGUCAGGAACUAGAUGGGUAUCGGUGGUCUUGGUUUCAGCCGGGAUUGAGUUCAUGUUCUUUGUUGUACCUAGUAUGGGGCUACGUUUUGGAUUUGUGCUAAAGCAAGUGUUGAUAAUGUGGAGAUGUUUUAGUUGUUGGUAAGUAGUGCUUACAGUAGCGAAGGACCUUUUUCAGCUCCCCGUGCUCUGCCCGGUGCACGAGAAGCAGGGAGGGGACACGGCUGGGACAGCUGACCCCAGCUGCCCCAAGGGAUAUUCCAUACCAUGCGACGUCAUGCUCAGUAUAUAAAGCUGCGGCAAGGAGGAGGAAGGGGGGCAACGUAAGGAGCCAUGGCGGUUGUCUCCCCAAUAACCGUUACGCGUGGUGGAGCCCUGCUUUCCUGGAGGUGGCUGAUCACCUGCCUGCUCAUGGGAAGCAGGGAAUGAAUUCCUUGUUUUGCUUUGGUCGUGUGCGCAGCUUUUGCUUUACGUAUUAAACUUCUUUUACUUCAA